AUGGCGAGAGGUUGCGAAAGUGACGGAACUGUCGCGAAUGGGGUUACCACCACCGACGGCGUCGCGCACGUCGCUGAGAACGCCUCUGACGAACUGAAGGCUGCGUCUGGGACGGCCGCAGCAGCAGCAGAGAGCAUCAUUUCGGGCGAGGGGAAGGAGAAUAGAGCGGAGAAGCUGGAUGAGGGGAAGGAGAAUGAUGGAGCAGGAAGCGAGAUUCACGGGGAGGACUCCACGUCGGACGAUGAUUACGAGGACGAAGAGGAGUAUGAAAUUCCGGUAGUGGCGGAUGAGCCCGAUUCGAUUGACACUCGCGACGCGAACACGCCUGACAAGUGGAUUUCCCGCCAUCCCUCGCUCGUGCGCCUCACCGGAAAGCACCCCUUCAACUGCGAACCUCCUCUCUCCCGCCUCCUAACCUCCGGCUUAGGCUCGGGCUAUGCCUCGGCGGCAGGUUCGGAGGCAGGUUCGGCGGCUCUUCCCUCGCGUUCCGAUCCAGCCUCGGGGUUCAUCACUCCCGUACCUCUCCACUACGUUCGGAACCACGGCUACGUGCCGCGCCUGGAUUGGUCCACGUGGCGAAUUGAGAUCUCCGGUCUAGUCAGCAAGCCUGCCAGCCUGUCAAUGGCGGAUCUGCUCGCGAUGCCUUCCAGAAAGCUUUCCGUGCUGCUGGUGUGCACGGGAAACAGGCGGAAGGAGCAAAACGCGGUGAAGCAGACAAUCGGGUUCAACUUGGGGAGCGGGAGCGGCGGCGACGACGGCGGCGGCAGGAGGGUGACACGUGUCGAAAUCACGUUGGACGGAGGGAACACGUGGCGGCUGUGCGAUAUCACCCACCCCAGCCCACCCACUCGGCACGGCAAGCACUGGACGUGGAGUCUCUGGGCGGUUCAAGUCCCGGUGAUCGACCUGCUGGGGGCGAGGGAGGUGGCAGUGCGGGCAUGGGACGAGGCCACCAACACACAGCCGGGUAACCUGACGUGGAACGUUCUGGGCAUGAUGAACAACUGCUGGUUCCGAGUGCGAGUGGCCCCCACGGUGACGCCAGCAGGAUCCAUCGCCCUUCACUUCAUCCACCCGACCCGCCCCGGCAACCUCCCUGGCGGCUGGAUGUAUGAUGCCCCGGGGGAAGGGGUGGGGGAGGGAAAGCCCGGGGGGAACACGGCGGGAGGAGGAGCAGGAGGAGGAGGGGCCGCUGCUGCUGUUGCUGUCUCGUUGCCACGCCCCGUUGCCGCCCCAGCAGCUUUGGCAGCGGCAGCACGAUCCGGCUCGUCCGUUCGGAAGAUUUCGAUGGCUGAGAUCUCCCGGCACGCAGACGAAUCGUCACCGUGGAUCGUGGUGCAUGGGAGGGUGUAUGAUUGCACCAGGUUUCUCACGGCCCACCUGGGUGGCAGCGAAAGCAUUACGGUCAAUGCUGGCACAGAUGUUACGGAGGAGUUUGAUGCGAUACACUCGGAAAAGGCUAACAAGAUGCUCGAGAAGUAUUAUAUAGGGGAUCACCUAGAGUCACUAUUGGUUGGUGAUACUAUCGAGAUUAAGGGGCCGCUGGGGCGUAUUGAGUAUCUGGGAAGAGGAAAGUUCCUGGUAAGUGGGGAGGAGAAGCGGGGGAAGAAGCUGGCCAUGCUGGCGGGAGGCACUGGAUUCACCCCCCUUUAUCAGGUGGCGAAAGCGAUUUUGGCCGACCCGGAGGAUAAGACGGAAAUGUGGGUGCUGUUUGGUAACAGGUCGGCAGCUGACGUGCUGCUACAAGACGAAAUGGACCGGUGGGCUGAACAGUUUCCAGGAAGGUUCCAUGUGUGGUACACCAUUUGUGAGGCUGUGCCCGAGGGAUGGAAGUAUGGGGUUGGGUUUGUCACUGCUGCGAUGGCCAAUGAAAGGCUGCCACGUGGUGGGAAGGACAGCCUGGCGCUGAUGUGUGGCCCUACGCCAAUGAUCAGGGCGAUGACCCCUCUGCUCGAGGGGAUGGGUUACUCAAGUGAUAGCAUGUUGACGAUGGCCGGUUCCCAUUACAAGAACCUGCUGGUAAGCCAACAAGGAGCCGUGGUAACCGUAACCAUCAAUCGCCGGCGAAACCUAAACGCCAUCAACAACGCAACGUACCUCGAGCUCGCACGCGCUCUGGCCGACGCAGACACCAAUGACACUGUAUCGAUAGUGCUUAUAACGGGAGCUGGCGAGUACUUCUGCAGCGGGACGGACAUGCUCGAGUUCAUGCAGACGGUCGAGAGACUCGAGGCGCUGAAACGAUCACAGGAAUCAACAGCAGCCGUCGGUUCAUCAGAGCAACCAGCAGAAAUCUCAGCUCUAACCGUUCGAUCCACGCCACAACCCAGCUCCACCAUCGAUCUCCCCCCGGAUUUCGACCCGUUCGCCAGCCCCGUGGGUCGGUUCAUGCGCGGCGUGCUGCGGUUCUCCAAGAUCUUAGUCGCAGCAGUCAACGGGCCAGCCAUCGGGAUCGGCGUGACGCUCCUUCCGCACUGCGAUCUCGUCUUCGCCGCGGAUUCCGCCACGUUCUGGGUGCCGUUUCUCCGCAUCGCGAUCGUUCCCGAGUUCGGCUCGUCCGUCACUCUCCCGCACCUGCUCGGCCGCGCCCUGGCGAACGAUCUGCUGCUGACGUCACGGGUGCUCACUGCGGAUGAGGCGUGCAGAAACGGCCUUGUCUCGAGAGUCUUUCCAGAUGCGACCCUUCAGAGUGAAGUCCUCUCAAUACUCUCCGACAUUCAGCAGCAGGCUCUCUUCCAAGAAUCCCUCCCGAUUUUCAAGCGCAUGCUGCGCCAGCCGCUGGGUGACUCAGCGCCACGUCAGCCUGACAUAGAGGCAGUGGUAGGGGAGGAGCUGCGGCAACUGGCUCGCAGGCAGAUGGCGGGAGAGACGGGGUAUGCUGUGAGGGAGACAAUGAAAGCAAUGCGAGCUGCCAAGGUGGGGAGCAAAGCAGCUGGGUCUCGAAGCAAACUGUAG